UUCGUGAUAACACUGACAAGUGACGACUGACGAUCCGCGGCUGGUUCGGUCGCUAUCGCGUGGAAUUUUAUUUUUUAAUGCCGUUGUUUUCGAUUACAAUUAUAAUUAAUGUCAUAGGUAUUUGUCCGUUCUUUAUCACCAACUGGCAACUCUAUAGACAUUAGAUAAGUAGUAAGUAGACCACCACGAUCGAUGUACAGUGUCCAUAAAUCAUAUUAGUUCGGUUCUGGCACAGUUAAAAGUUAAAACACAAAGAGCGUUCUAUAUAUAUUAUAUAUGCACACAGACACAAAAGGUAUCAUGGCUUUUCAACCCAACAGUACGGUCAAAGUAUUGGAUCCGAUUCGAGAGAACUAUGACAAUUAUCUGCUCAUCGACGUUGGAUCGAACAUGGUGAACAAGAAGUUCAGCCGGGACUUGGAAUCGGUGUUACAGAGAGCAAAAGAUUCAGGUGUUCAAAAAAUAAUUGUUCCUUGUACCUCUCUUAGAACGAGUAAAGAGGCGUUGCGUUUAGCAAGAAUAUAUCCAGGAGCGUUAUAUUCAACGGCAGGUAUCCAUCCACAUGAAGCAAAAUCUUGGGAAGAUAAUUAUUAUGAUGAACUGAGAGAUAUUGCUAAAAAUCCAGAAUGUGUAGCUAUUGGUAUAUGUGGUUUAGAUUAUAACAAAGAUUUUUCUUCGCCUGAUAUACAAAGAAAAGUUUUUGAACUACAGAUUUCCUUGGCUAAAGAAAUUAAAAAGCCCAUCAUGUUGCAUCAAAAAGGAGCACAUGAAGAUUUUUUAAGGAUUAUAAAAACACAUUUGCCUUUAGAACUUCCAGCAAUUUUACAUUCAUUUACUGGUUCAUUUGAAGAAGCUACUGACUACAUAAACUUGGGAAUGUACAUUGGAAUAACAGGAGGAUUGUGCAAAGAUAGUUCUGGUAGCGGAAUAAAAAAACUUUUAAGCGCAGGAACAUUAACACUAGAUAGAAUACUAGUGCAAUCGGAUUCUCCGUUUAUGUAUCCAAAUGCUAGAGCAGCAAAUCUUACGGACGCAUUAAAAUCGAGCCUCACACAAAGAUCACUGGGAUUUUUACAGCGUUACUGUACAUUUCAUCGAAAUGAACCAUGCUCAUUACCUAUUUUAGUGGAAUUAUUAGCCGGUUUUAUUGCUAAAAAACCAGAUGAAGUGGCUUUAGCAACAUCAAUUAAUGCGCUUAAAAUAUUUGGAAUGUCAUAAUUUUAACAACACUUCCUAAAGGUGUAUGAAUGUGUGUUGAUUUAAUUUUUUUUUUAUUGAAUUUAUGAUUUAUAAUUUAUUAUUGUUAUUGUUCAUCAAAGUGACUAGACAAGUUUUUAACUUUUAAUAACUAUUAGUCAAAAUAAAACAAUGAAAAAUAUAUUGUGCCAUUUAACAACAAUUGUUAUAACCGCUACAUUGAUGUAACUAAAUAAAUCAUUUUACUUUAUUUUUUCAACA